GGAGAGAAAGAUGGUGAUGAUGACAACCAGCUGCUGUUUCAACCCACGGCCACCCACAGUUCCUCCGGCCACCACAUCCACCAGUCAACCACCGUCAUCCGUCAGACCAAAGAAGGAGGUUUCUUGGAAGAAUCAAUGCGUAGUUGGAAUGGCAUGUGUGAUAAUUGGACUACAAGUGGAGGGCAUAGUUGUAAAUAACCAUGACUACGCGGUUGCCAUUGAGUCAAAGGCGGUGGCGUCCAAGAUAAAAGGGAAGCGGUGGAGUGGUAAGAGAAUAUGUCCGGCAUGGCAGUUGAAUUCAUUGGAGACAAUUGUGCCGGAAGAUCUUCCACGGCCAUUUCAUAGGCGGAGAUGGGAGGAAAUUGGUGAUGAUCAUUCAAGAGUUGCUCCACCGGUUAAAGCUUCCCCCACCACCAUCACCGCCGCCAGCAGUGCUUGUUUCUCUAUGUAGAAGAUUCUUGAUCACUUAAAAAUGUUACAUUUUUUAUAUACUUUUGUAAAUAUCAUACAAAAUACAUGUUCACAUCAUAUACUUAGAUUGAAAUAAUAUUCGACCUAUUCUUACCGAUACC